AUGGCACUCUUACCUUCCGGUAGGCCAUCGUGGAGAAGCUCGUUUCUUCCGACGACAGCCUAUCGAUAUCGACCCCUUGAGCAAGAUCAUAUCAGGUUGCUGCGUCUACUCCCUCCGGCAUCUGGGGAACAACCCGUCGACAGAUCGACAAUCCAAUGCGAGUUAUUCCAUGUUCCUCUGGCACAAGCAGGCGAGUAUGAGGCGUUGUCGUAUUGUUGGGGACCUUCCGAGCGAACAGAGACGGUCCGUAUCGAGGCAACCGGAUUGCAGCUUCCACCAAGUGUACUCCGCGUCACAAACAGUCUUUAUGUCGCCUUGAGAAACCUACGGUGGCCUUCGGAGACGCGAGUUCUAUGGAUUGAUCAACUGUCCAUCGAUCAAGAUGACACAGCCGAGAAAAGCGCUCAAAUUCGCCGCAUGGGCGAAAUUUAUAGCAAAGCGAGGUGCACCGUCGUCUGGCUGGGCCCUCGGGGUUAUGAUGCAGAGCUGCUGGAGGAUAUGUACCGUCGUCUCUCCAUUCUCCAGUCCAAUACUCAGGACUCGGGUGGUGUGCUCAUGCUGGACCACGACAUCCUGGCACGGAUGAUUGGCACAUCACAUGAAGAAGAGAAGCACAAUGAAAUGGUGCAAAGAAGGAGACUUCUCCUGGAGAAGUUUCUCGACCUGCCCUGGUUCCGUCGCGCUUGGGUCUACCAGGAGGCGGUGAUUGCAUUGCGAGUCGACAUGAUAUGGGGAGACAUUGUACUUCCUCUCGACUUUGUCACUGGUCUGGUGGUCUCGGCCUACAGCAUUGGAAAGAGUGCGGAAGAUGGGCGAUGGCAUAAGAGAAUCAAGAAGACCAGAGGCUUCGCACCAGUCCGCACCAUCUACCACGACCGAAAAGCCCACAGAAGGAGAGAACUGAACUUCUUGCACGUUCUAUGGCAUGCGCGGAAGCACCUCGACACCACCGAUCCCCGCGACUAUGUCUAUGCAUUUCUCGCUGUCAACAAAUACAUCGACAGCCCGAGCGAGCCUCCUCAAAGUGCCAUCAGCCCGCUCCAAGACUCAAUCACGCCAAACUAUGGAGACCCUAUAGGGACCAUGUACACGGACCUUGCACUUGCUGCAAUCCGCAGUACUCAUUCACUCGACAUUCUCCAGUAUGUUGUUUCCACCAAAUCAUCUCCCAUGACCUGCACGCUCCCAACAUGGGUUCCGAACUGGGCAAAUCGACAGUUCGUUUGUGGGAGUCCGAUAUCCGUGCCUGGUGUCCCCUACCGUCAGAGCGCGUCCCGGGAGAAGGUUUGUACACCACCAUCCAUGAACUCCAGUCCGCUCGAGCUCCCAGUGCUAGGUCACACGGCGGGCUGCAUCAGUGCUAUUCUACGGCACAGCUUCCAGCAUACUUAUUUCGCUCCUACUCUCAAGGAAGCCUUUCGGCUCGACAAACUUGAGGCUCGGCUGAUCAGAGAAGCACAGAGGCUGGCUCCAGAAGAGUCGGCAAACCAUGUACCGGGCUGGUUGCCCAUGGAUUCACGAGAGACUCUCCUUUGUACCAUCCUGGCGAAUGGCUCGUUCACCCCUUUGGGCCAAAUGAACCACUCGAUUUAA